GAGGAGGCGGUGCAUAACAAAAAGUAAUGACCAUCUAUUUGGGUCUUGAAGAAGGAGGGCUAUUUCACGUCGGACUAGCGUAUGUGUGAUUGAGAUUUCUUCAUGUUCGUGCGUACGUUUGCCCUUCAUUGAUAUAUCGUUGCGUUUCAGCCAUUUUUUUGUUGGAUGUUCGUUGGUCGCGUUCGCAGAUCGAUUAUUAAGCUGGCUGAACUUGGUGCUGCGUUUUAGGGUUAACGCGACCAGCUAGCCACGUUGCUAACGUUAGCUACUACGAGCGCUGCUGUGUGAGCCAAUGUCUGGAAGGGCGUACGAGUUUGACGUUUUCUCACCAAGUCUCCUCACAUUUUGAGUUUAGUACAACGCGGUCCUCUCUCCUCAAAGCUGAACCGCCCAGUCAACAUGGAGGGGACACACUUUGAAAGAGCAUGAACACGACGACAAACGGCGACUAAAGAGGAUUAAAAGCAACUCUGUCUUGAUGGGGAAAAGUUGAGCUGAGGAUUAACAACUUGGGAUAAACUGAAAAACGGUUUCAAGUCUUCCUUGUGUAUAAGGGCAUGCAAAAACCUCAGUGAUGGAGUCAACAGUUGUGAGUACGUCCACUCUGACCCCUGAUGAGUUUGAUAGAAACGUGCCGCGGAUCUGCGGCGUGUGUGGUGACAAAGCCACCGGCUUCCACUUCAAUGCCAUGACCUGUGAGGGUUGCAAAGGUUUUUUCAGGCGCAGUAUGAAGCGCAAGGCCGCUUUCACAUGUCCCUUUAACGGCAGUUGCACCAUCACCAAGGACAACAGGCGCCACUGCCAGGCAUGCCGACUCAAACGCUGUGUGGACAUUGGCAUGAUGAAAGAGUUCAUUCUGACAGAUGAGGAAGUGCAGAGGAAGAAGGACCUGAUUCAAAGGAGAAAGGAUGAAGAAGCACAACGUGAAGCGGAGAAGGAGGCGCGGCGGCCCCGGCUCAGUGACGAACAGAGUCAGGUCAUCGCCACGCUGGUGGAGGCUCACCACAAAACAUAUGACGACUCCUACUCUGACUUCUGCCGCUUCAGGCCUCCUGUGCGCGAGGGCCCAGUGACGCGUAGCGCCAGUAGAGCGGCCUCUCUCCACUCUUUGUCUGAUGCCUCAUCUGACUCCUUCAGUCACUCUCCAGAGUCGGUAGACACAAAAAUGAACUUCAACAACCUACUGAUGAUGUACCAUGAGCAGGGCAGCAGCCCUGACUCCAGUGAGGAGGAGGGCUCCAGCUUCUCCAUGCUGCCCCACCUGGCUGACCUGGUCUCCUAUAGCAUCCAGAAAGUCAUUGGCUUUGCCAAGAUGAUCCCUGGGUUCAGGGAGCUGACUGCAGAGGACCAGAUUGCCUUGCUUAAGUCCAGCGCCAUUGAGGUGAUCAUGUUGCGCUCAAAUCAGAGCUUCAACCUGGAAGACAUGUCCUGGAGCUGUGGGGGGCCUGACUUUAAAUACCAGAUCAGUGAUGUCACCAAAGCGGGCCACACUCUGGAGCUGUUGGAGCCACUGGUGAAGUUCCAGGUGGGCUUGAAGAAGCUCAACCUGCAGGAGGAGGAACACGUGCUGCUGAUGGCCAUCUGCUUGCUUUCUCCAGACCGCCCAGGUGUGCAGGAUCAUGCACGGAUCGAAGCCCUCCAAGACCGUCUGUCAGAGACCCUGCAGGCCUACAUCCAGCUUCGCCACCCAGGGGGACAGCUGCUUUAUGCCAAGAUGAUCCAGAAGCUGGCCGACUUGCGCAGCCUCAACGAGGAGCACUCCAAACAGUACCGCUCGCUCUCCUUCCAGCCGGAGCAUAGCAUGCAGCUCACUCCGCUCGUGUUGGAGGUGUUUGGCAGCGAGGUCUCCUAGAACUUCUGAACCACCUCAAUGAGGGAAGAUGGAGGGAGCAAGCAAGCUGAGGAUGUGUGUGUGUGUGUGUGUGUGUGUGUCUGUCUGUCUGUCUGUCUGUCUGUCUGUCUGUGUGUCUGUGUGUCUGUGUGUCUGUGUGUCUGUGCGCUAUGGAGAGCAAGCAGAUGUUUAGGGACUAAACAAGGAAACUUCAUAUAAUACAAAUCAGCUAUACAUACAGUACAACUUCUGCUUAUAUACACUGAUUUUGUCUCUAUUUAAAUCAACAAACCGCUGCUUUAAAUGUCUGGACAUUGGAUGUGUGUGUGUAUAUUUGUACACAACAACACAACAAGCAUACUCAGUUAUUCAUUUAGCCAUUCAGUUGAGCUACCUCUUUGUUUUACAGGGGUUGUUUUACAUUGCCUAUGUAAAACAGUAACCUUUACACAGAACAAUUUAGACAUAGUCUACUAUACUAUACUGACAUUUCAGUAUUUUUCAGUGCAAAAGCAGUGCCUGCACAUUACUUUGACUUUUUGAUGAUUCAAAACAAAAAAAUGUUCAUCCGCAUCUCUCCCAGGCAGCAACUAUAUGACUUUGUAUACCGUUGUAAACACAUACCUUUCACCAAAGGUAUAGUCAACUACUUUCUCAAAAAGCUUCCAUUACCUAAAAACAACCUAGCUGCUCGAUGGCUUGUUUCAUGCAUGCAGCCACUCGACAUGCUAGCAAGUUGUCUGACUAACCUCACAGCCUAUGAAGGAAACGGUCAUUGCUUAGGUUUAUACUGCAGAGUACAGAACAGUCUGUAAUUUUGUGAGGUUUUGACAGGACUUUGGGGUGCCUGGUUUUGAGAUGAGAAUUAGCCACUAAAUGUGUUAGCUACUUUUACACUGCUAACUGUCAAUCAAACCAAGCCGGGAUUAUGGCUUGUUGCUCUCUUAAAGUUUUUCAUUAUUCUUCUCUUCUAUUUAAUUGUUUGUUUUCAUGUAAAUAGUUAAUUACUACCACAUGUAUCUUACGCACUGUUUUACCACAUUUUACUCAAGCUUAUGUAUUGAUAUACAGUAUCUAUAUUAUCACAGAUUUUAAAGGGCUAAAAUGCCAAAUCUAACUGGAUAGUAAAUCAAGGCCAAAGCAAGGGGCCUGUUUUGUUAAUAUAUAGCUGCAUACCAUACUUGGAAUUGGCAUAUAUACUGAUGUAAUUGCAAUGGAUGGAUGUUUGUUUUCUACGUCAUUUCACCUUUAAAAACAAUUCCAUGAAUUGUUCCUCCUUAGUAAAAACCGUGACUAGGUGGGCAGAGAGCUUAGGAAGCUGCUUCAGACCUCCCCAGAUAUCACACCCCUCUCAUUUCAGACAGGGAAGUGGAUUUUCUAGAAUGUCGGAGGGCCUGGGCUGUGCUGAUGGUGCGCACGUCUACACUCAGGCCCUCCUGCUUGAUGAUGCAUGCUGCGCAGCCCUCUAGUGGCUGCAUUGUGUAAAUACAUGUGUGUGUGGUGUGUGUGUGUGUGUGUGUGUGUGUGUGUGUGUGUGUGUGUGUGUGUGUGUGUGUGUGUGUGUGUGUGUGUGUGUGUGUGUGUGUGUGUGUGUGUGUGUGUGUGUGUGUGUGUGUGUGUGUGUGUGUGUGUGUGUGUGUGGUGUGCGUGUGCGUGUGUGCCGCUGUACAUAGGGCUACAUAAUAAUUCUCAAGGCUAAUCUUUUCAGAAAUAUAUAUGCAAAUACAUAUUGACCCUUUUUGUUUUUGAUUUAUUAUCACUACCUUCUGAGACACUAUGCUCUUUUGUUAUGACUUUGAUCAAGUUUUUUUUUGUAAGAAUGAUGUAGAAAAGGCUUAAACAGGGAUUGCUUGUGUAAUUGACUCAGUCAAGUACUUUUGUAGUGGUGGGUUGAUGUAUUUGCCUAAUUUCUAAGGUUCAUUUUCAGAAAGAGGACAGGGUCUCUGACAUAAGCCAUAUAGAUCACUAAGCUAGUUAUACACCUGAUACAUCAUGUAUCAAAAUUAUGACUCCAGAGCCUUGGAUAUCCUCAUAAUGUUAUCUUUAAAGUUCAUAUGCUAUUUGUCCAUGGCUCUUGGAAGAUAAGCUUGUAUAUACUAGGAACUCUUAUGCCUUCUCUCUGCUGUCAUAUUGGGCUCAUGCUUCAUCAGACAGUAUCUAAUGGCUUAUAAACCAAACUGCCAAGACAAUUUGAAAUGCUUAGGUUUAGAGGCCAGUAAUGUAUAGCUUGCUGCAUGUGGGAUUAUGGUAACAUUUUAUGAGAUGCGUGUUUUAUUAUAUCAAAAUAUAUCCCCAAAGAAGUAUCAAGUCAAAUUCUUGCCAAGUUUAAAUGAUUUCACUAGAGCAUCUCUCAUAUACAGAGAUGACACGAGUCUCAAACACAUAUAUCUUUUAUUUGCUGUGUGACAGAAGACAUUGGUUAAAACGGUUCCUGUGAUUGGCCUUUACAGGCCUCCUAUCUCAGACCGAGAGUAAACUAGGGUUACUCUUGUGAGCUUAGAGGAAGAUGGUGGGAGAGAGAGAGCACGUGUUUUGUCGUUGAGCUGGACGAGUUCUCACAACUGCUUUGUGUGAGGUUGUGACAGUUGUUGCUUUAAUUUGUUCAGCCCACAUGGCUUAGGAUGUUUUGUCCAUUCUUCGUCAAUGUGGUUUUAUUCCAACUCUCCAUCAGUCACAAUGACAAUUGGCUGACAGUCGGGGCUGCACACAGAGAUGAUCUGCAUAGCAAAGGUAGUUUUUGGAUGUAAUCAUUGGUUUUCUUCUUGAAAAUCAUUGGGAUUAUGUAGUGUGUGUAUGUAUGUGUGUGUGUGUGUAUAUAUGUAUGUAUAUGUAUAUAUAUACAUAUAUAUAUAUAUAUAUAUAAUUCCAUGUGCCCCACAAAUCUCUCUACCGUGACUUGACUUUAAGGAGUUGAGGACUAAGUGUCUUUAGGCAGCACCACUCAUAUGUAUAGUAUGUCAUUUUGAUGAGGGGUCUGAUGUGCUUGGUUACUGAACACUGACUUUUGAAGUUUUUGAAAAGUCUCCAUGUUUGUUUUCUCUGAAUACAUACUUCGGUAUGUAGAUAUGGGGUUGAUUUAGUUCUAUAUUGUUUUUUGAGAUAGAGAUGCAAUGUUGAUUUGUGUAUGUUUAAUACAGCGGGAGGUUCGGUGAACAUGUAAGUGCCACAGGGAGAGUUCCCGCCACACAAGAACAGGGUAAAAGAGGAGUUGCUCUUGGGGCUUUGAAAACCAAACAGGAAGAGGCUUGUGGAUGUAUUCUGUAGCCCCUAAUUGAACAAAUAGAUUUUGGUCAGUACCUCAUUGCACCAAGGGGAAUUCUUACUGUAAGUUUAUCAUAAGAAGGGAACCUCCUUUUUAUGACUAAAUAUGUGAUUAAAUGUCGUUUUUGGGACCCUUUCCCCAUUUAAUUCCACACCUAACAUACUGUACAUAACAUGCAAAUACAGCUAAAUCGUGUGCAUCCCCAGAAUCUCCUGUUUGGUUUUACUAUGGUAGGCUGCUCAGUAUCCCUAAGUUUUUAACUCUGCAUUGCGGUUGUUGAAAGUACUGGAACUUGAAAACCAUACGUCAAUGGAAAUCUACCACAAAUUAGAUGGAUCCAUCUUUGGUGAGAAUUUUUAUGGUACACUAUCACCAGCAAGCUUUACAGUUUUAUCAUGUUAGUAAACAUUUUUGAAGUUUUUGUAGGACUGUUGCCAUUACAAAUCCUGUCCGUAAAAACAUGUAUAUCAUUCAUUGAAAACAGUUGUCCAUCUCCAAUGCAAAGGCUUUUAAGUUUUUUGUUCCUCCUAUUAGGACAGGGAUUGUAAUGGAAUCAACUUAAUUUAGUUCUUACAAAAAUGAGUGUCCACAAUGGAUGUACACCAUAAUCUACCUAAAAAAAAAAAAAAAACCUACCUCUUUUAGCUCAGAUUUUGCUUUAGCAUUAAGUAUUUGCCUCUGUUUUUACUUUUUGUAAUAUUUGUAUUCAUGUUGGUAUUUAUUGCUGUCUAAUGAGUCAUACUUCAAUGAUUACCUCAGAUAUCUUACAGAUGUAGUCCAGAGUCCAGCUAAUGAAGUCAUUCAUAGUUUUUUUUUCUUUCUUUGUACAGUUUUUUUUCCAGACUUAACAUUGCCUUCUUUUCUUUCUUCUUUUUUUUACGCACAAAAUACCAGGAGUGUUUUUAAUAUAGUGCCUGCACUCUGACCAACGGGGCUCACACUGGCUAGGGUGAGGCUGCAUUUACUCCAAAAAAAGACAUCUUCUCUACAUCUUUGUCCUUUGGAUGUCUUGGUGACAUGUCAGCAACAGAUGCAAUUAAUAUGGUUGCCAUGUUGCUGAUGUCUACCUUAUCUUUAUAGUUCUUAAGGCCAAACUGAAGAAGAGAACAUUGUGGAGCAAAUGCAGUUGUAACAAAGGAACAAGCUGAAAGGCUUUCUGGCAGUAGGAGAAGCGGGAGGUGUGUUUGCGCUCCAUUUGGUACUGUUAGCAUGGUCUCUGUAGUACGCCAUCCUUACCUUGCCCCUAUGAUUUGCUGCAUCAUUUUCCCCAUACCCUCUCUGAGUCUUUACCUCUCCUUCUGUCUUAAUGUCUGCUCCCACACCUUCAUCAUUCCCUGCCGGUGUUUGGUCUAAUAAGGGGAAUUAGGAAAUCCUCAGUAUCCAUGCAAUGCUGCUUUUAUCUCGAGCAUCACCAGGUUGUGUGUUUUUGACACCACAUAAUACAGGCAUUGUCCAAAAUGUCAGCCCUCCCAGCGGCGCGACAAGCCUCAUUGGAAGAUUGUGUCUUUUGAAACACGCGCAACUUAGUGGUGCUCGUUUGGGGGGGGGGGAUCCUUUCAGACCGUAGUAUCAUAUUAACGGAGCAACUACUCACUUUGGUGAAUUAAAACCAAGUUUAUUUUGUAUUCAUGUCAAACUGCUUCAGGUAAACACUGAAUAAAAUAAGAGAAUUGAUCAGUGAAUACUGAGGAACGAUGUUGCCAUGGUCACAUCUACCCUGAGCUGUGUGCCAUAAUAUGUCCCUUUUAAUGCAAGGGAGGGUGUUAAUGAAGCUGGCUUCAGAUGUUCCCCAGCUUAAUUCAAAUGAGAAGGUUGGCCUCUUACUUAAUACUUAGUCAUGUAUAUUGAUCUAAGGAGUACAUUUUAUUUUUGGCAUUGAAUUCUCAACUUUGCAAUGUGAACCCAAGUCAUGCCACAUUCAAUUAAAAUGCCUGAACCAACAAAAAGCACUUAAUGUAAUGUUUGUAACACGUGUAUACAAAUGAACCUAUUAGCCAUAAACUGCCUGUGUAGGUCAGCAUGAUAUGGCUCCAAUUAU